AUCUCUUUCAAGAUCACACGGCUAAUAUUCUAUGUGAGAUUAUUAAGGACCCUUUUGGCGCAAAGGUUAGCUAAAAUACUCAAAAGUUACAGAAAUUUUCAGCAAAAUGGCUCCAAAAAUUCUUAUGGUAGCUGAGAAGCCUAGCAUUGCUUUAUCAAUUGCCUCAGUUUUAUCUGCUGCUCAACACCAAUUUGGUGGAUAUGCUUCUUCAGAUUCUCGUAUGUCACGUAAAUGUGUUGAGCAGUACCGUCAGAUGUCAACACGAAGAGGUAGUACAGAAGUCCAUGAGUUCGAUGCAAUGUUUCUUGGAUCACGGGCACAUUAUAAAGUGACUUCAGUGAUUGGUCAUGUUUUCAGCGUAGAUUUUCCAGCAGCUUUUCAAGAUUGGACAAAUACAAAUCCUUCAGAUCUUUUCCAGGCACCGGUACUUAAGAAGGAAACAAACCCAAAGGCUCAUAUUUGUAGGCAUCUAAGCCAGGAAGCCCGUGGUUGUACACAUUUGAUACUGUGGUUGGACUGUGACCGUGAAGGAGAAAAUAUAUGCUUUGAAGUUAUAGAGUGCACUGGAUUUCACACAAACGAUGGUAGAAGAAUUUACCGUGCUCGAUUCUCUUCUGUUACCGAAAAAGAUAUUCUGAAGGCAAUGAAUAGCCUAGCCGAACCCAACAGAGAUGAGGCAUUGGCUGUAGAUGCACGUCAAGAGAUUGAUUUGAAAGUUGGAGUUGCAUUUACACGUUUCCAGACUAGCUAUUUCAAUGGGAAAUAUGGAAAUCUUGAUGCAAGGGUUAUCUCUUACGGGCCAUGUCAAACUCCUACGCUUGGGUUCUGUGUGUAUCGUUACCUGCAAAUCACUAUGUUCAAGCCAGAAAAGUUUUGGAUGCUGCAUCCAUACAUAAUGUACAAGGGGUAUGAACUCAAGUUAGAAUGGGAACGUAGCAGGUUGUUCGAUGCUGAUGUUGCUGCAAUGUUUCGGAAUAGAAUAAUGGAGGAUGGGACUAUGAGAGUUGUCCGUGUAUCAGAAAAGCUGGAAUCCAAAGGUCGUCCUUCUGGUCUAAACACAGUAAAUCUUCUGAAGGUAGCUUCAAGUGCACUGGGCUUUGGUCCCCAGUUAGCUAUGCAAUUGGCUGAGCGUCUGUACACUCAAGGUUUUAUCAGCUAUCCACGUACAGAAAGCACGGCAUAUCCUUCUUCUUUUGACUUCAGAGGAACACUGGGGGCGUUAGUGCAUAAUCCUGUAUUUGGUGAUUAUGCACAAAAGCUUUUAACUGAAAGUUAUAAUAAGCCAAAGGCAGGAACUGAUGCAGGCGAUCAUCCUCCGAUAACUCCGAUGCGCUCAGCUAGUGAGGAUAGUUUGGGAAAUGAUGCAUGGAAACUGUACCAGUACAUCUGCCAGCAUUUUCUGGGAACUCUCUCUCCAGAUUGCAAAUAUAGAAGGAUAAAAGUUGAAUUUGAAAGUGGCGGAGAGCAAUUUCAGUGCGUUGGGCAGCUCGCCACAGUGAAAGGAUUCACCUCUAUUAUGCCAUGGCUGGCUAUUAGUGAGAAGAAUCUUCCUGAGUUCGCUGUAGGAGAGAAAAUCGAGAUUUCUAAAGUUGAUCUAGAUGAGGGGAACACUUCGCCUCCUGAUUACCUCAGCGAAAGUGAGCUGAUCUCUUUGAUGGAGAAACAUGGUAUUGGAACCGAUGCGUCGAUCUCCGUGCAUAUUAACAACAUAUGCGAACGCAAUUAUGUCCAGGUACAAGCUGGGCGACGAUUGGUUCCUACUCCUCUGGGUAUCAGCUUGAUAAGAGGGUAUCAAUGCAUAGAUUCUGAUCUCUGUUUGCCCGACAUACGAAGUUUUAUCGAGCACCAGAUCACUUUGGUAGCUAAAGGUCAAGCAGAUCAUUCAAUGGUUGUGCAGCACGUACUAGAACAAUUCCGAAGGAAGUUCAGUUAUUUUGUUAAGCAGAUUGAAAACAUGGAUGCAUUAUUUGAAGCACAAUUUUCUCCACUCUCUGACUCUGGACGUCUCCUUAGCAAAUGUGGCAAAUGCUUGCGAUAUAUGAAAUACAUAUCUACUCAGCCAGCUCGACUGUACUGUGGUACCUGUGAGGAAGUCUAUUACGUACCCCAGAAGGGCACAGUCAAGCUGUACAAGGAGCUUACUUGCCCCCUUGAUAAUUUCGAGCUGUUAUUAUGCAGCAUGCCCGGUCCAGAAGGCAAGUCGUUCCCUCUCUGUCCUUAUUGCUAUAACUGUCCCCCGUUUGAAGGCAUCGAUGCAUUUUUUGGCGCUCCUAAAACUGGUGAUUCUUCCAAGUUGGGAAAGGGAGUCGGAAUGCCUUGCUUCCUCUGUCCGCACCCCACAUGUCCACAUUCUGUGAUUGCACAAGGCGUUUGUGCCUGCCCAGAAUGCAGCGGUACACUUGUUCUCGAUCCUGUCAGCGCUCCGAAAUGGAGGCUCUACUGCAACGUGUGCAACUGCCUCGUCUCUUUGCCCGAAGGUGCUCAUCGGAUUUCUACAACUCAGGAUAAGUGUCCUGAAUGUGACUCAACUAUCAUUGAAGUCGAUUUCAAUAAGAAAACAACGCCCUUGAAAGAGGGCGCUACGCUCCAUAAGGGAUGUAUUCUUUGCGACGAGCUGCUGCAUUCACUCGUGGAAAUGAAACACGGAAGAUUGUUUUCUAGGCAUGGAAGGAGAGGACGAGGUAGAGGAAGAGGAAGAGGAGGUUAUCGCGGAAGAGGCCGGAGCAACAACAAACAGCAAGACCCUAAAAUGAGUUUUCGAGAUUUCUAAGUGACAGCUUGUUUGGUACUGAGGCGUAGUUGUUGGACACAUCAUUUUGUAGAAAUAGGAACAUAUAUAUGCUCUUUUUUAGAAAGCAAAAAGAUCUGUAGUUCCAUAAUUUGUUUGUUACCCUUUUAGAAUUGUGAAUUUCUAGUCAUCACAAGCACUUGGUGCGCUCGACUUUC